UUUCCUCGUACCAAACAUUCUUACUGUCAAAGUCUCUUAUCUUUUUGGACAAAACCAUCGUACUCUUAUUUGAAUUUCUAUCCCUUCAUCGCUUUUCGGUUUUUUAUUUUUUAAUCCUCUACUACAAAGAGAGAGACAGAAACUGAGAGAGAUAUUUUGGUGUAUCAAAGAUGAAUAAUUAUGGGGAGAGCAAUGGAGAUUUAAAUGUCCAUGAAAAACAAGUUGAAGGUCGUGAUCAUGGUGAAAAUGGAGAUGGGUCUGGUAAUGGAGUCAUUUUGGGGAUUGAUGGUGGCACUACUUCAACUGUUUGUGUCUGUAUUCCUAUCUUUCCUUCCUCCAAUACCCUCCCUAAGCCUCUCCUUGUCCUUGGACGUGCUGUUUCUGGUUGCUCCAAUCAUAACAGUGUUGGAGAAACUGCUGCCAGGGACACGUUAGAAGAGGUUAUGGCUGAAGCCCUUUCAAAAUCAGGUUCCAAUUGGUCCACCGUUCAUGCUGUUUGUUUAGGCGUUUCUGGUGUUAACCAUCCAACUGAUCAAGAAAGGAUACUAAAUUGGCUGAGAGAAAUAUUCCCUAGCCAUGUGAAGUUGUAUGUUCAGAAUGAUGCUGUUGCUGCUCUCGCAAGUGGGACCAUGGGAAAGCUUCAUGGCUGUGUUUUAAUUGCUGGUACAGGGUGCAUUUCUUAUGGAUUUGCUGAAGAUGGCAGAGAAGCUCGAGCUUCAGGUGCAGGACCUGUCCUAGGUGAUUGGGGGAGUGGCUAUGGAAUUGCUGCAAAGGCACUAACUGCAGUAAUAAGGGCUCAUGAUGGUCGUGGUCCACAGACACUGCUAACAAAUAAGAUUUUAAAGGCACUCUGUCUUUCAUCUCCAGAUGAACUUAUUGGGUGGACUUAUGCUGAUCCAUCUUGGGCACGCAUUGCAGCUCUCGUUCCAGAAGUGGUAUCUUGUGCUGAAGCUUGCGAUCAAGUUGCAACUAAGAUAUUAGUUGAUGCAGUCCAGGACUUGGCUCUAAGUGUGAAGGCUGUUGUUCAAAGACUUGGUUUGUGUGGUGAAGAUGGAAAUGGUUUUUUCCCUGUUGUGAUGGUUGGUGGUGUUCUUGAAGCUAACAGGACUUGGGAUAUUGGGAAAGAAGUUGUGAAGUGUAUUCAGGAGCAGUUUCCUGGGGCUCAUCCUAUUAGACCACAGGUGGAACCAGCUGUCGGGGCAGCUCUGCUGGCCUGGAAUUUCUUGAUGAAAGAAUCAACAGAGAACUGCCAUAGCUGACCGGUUUGUUUUAGGGUGCUGAAUGUUCGACUGACUGUACAGAUCUAUACAGGAAGAUUUCUAGAAAAUAAAUUUUCUUCUGUGAAAUUCUUAUGUGCAUUCUGCCGAAUAAAAUUUAUCAAGAUUGUGAAAAGAAAUGAAAAUCAGCUACUUGGUCAUGA